AUGAGCCUUAAUUUUUUGAAUGAGCAAUUCGAAAAAUGCGCUCGACCAAAAGUAUCAUGGCAAAUUGACCCGUUUGGUGCCUCACUGGAGAUGCCCUCCCUAUACGCACAGAUGGGCCCCGACCAUGGAGAGUACAUCUGGAAUGUGUCGCCCGACCUAAACACACGCAUAUUUACCACGAUAUUACACGCUCACUAUAGCGGACCAGGUGGAUUUAAUUUUGAAAAUGGCAACAACAUGAUCAACGACUCGAACGUGCAAGAUAAAACCAACAAGUUUAUCGAGAAUGCUCGCAACUGGAAUAAAGACUAUGGCGAUGAUUUUCAGUACAAAACAGCAAACUUUUGGUUUGAAAACAUGGAUCGUAUGAUUAAGGAGGCGAAGGCCCGACACCCGGACGUUAACCUCAUGUAUUCGUCGCCCAAUUGUUACGUGAAAGCAGUGAAUAAUUUGAACCAUACGUUUGAUGAGCGCAAUGUUGAUUACCUGUCCUAUUGGGUGGGCUAUUACGCCAAUAGACUGGCGCUUAAGUACCAGGAUCGGUUGACUAACAAUAUUCUUCAGGCCGGUAAACAAAUGUCUGUAUUGGCCCGUUUGGACCCCUCAAAAACUACCGCAUACAUGGAUGAGGCGCGUAAUGAGGUCGCAGUAAUGACUCACCAUGACGCUAUUACCGGCACCUCACCCCAGGCCACGUCUGAUGACUACACCAGUCGUCUACAGAGUGGAUACGCGGCCGCCAAACAAGUCAUACGUAAGGCUUAUAGUUAUCUCAAAUCCAAGGACUCGGAGAAAAAGGUGGUCUUAAACGACGUUUACUGCGAUUUUCUAAUAUAACGGA